AUGCGCCCGCUCGCCUCAGGCUGCUUUAGGAGCAUCGCAUCGAGCAUCACCGCCGCUUCCAGACCUCGAGCCCAGCCCGUCUUCUGGCACAAAUGUCUUCGUCCGCUAUCGACGACGGCCGUCGCGGCGAGCGGGCAUAACAAGUGGUCCAAGAUCAAGCAUAAGAAGGGCACCACGGAUGCGCAGAAGAAUAGCACGCGCAGCCAGCACUCCAAGACGAUCGCGCACUGGUCACGACUAUACGGGACGAUCGACAAUCCUCAACUAGCCGCGGCGGUUGCGAACGCAAAGAAAGCCGGCGUCCCCAAGAACCUGAUUGACUCUGCGAUAGCCCGCGGCCAGGGGCAGACCGCCUCGGGCGCCUCACUCGAGACGCUGACCCUCGAGGCCAUCCUGCCUCCCGGCGUCGCCCUCAUCAUCGAGGCCGAGACGGAGAGCAAGGCCCGCAGCCUGCAGGAACUCAAGGCGCUGAUCAAGAAGCACAAGGGCGUGGCCAACACGGCGUCCUUCUUCUUCACGCGCCUCGGCCGGGUCGUCUUCGAGGCCAGGGAGGGCGGGCCGGGCAUCGACGACAUCAUGGACGACGCCAUCGAGGCGGGCGCCGAGGACCUGGAGACCGACGACGAGGGCAAUCUCGUCGUCUGGACGCAGCCCAACAUGACCAACGCGGUCAUCAGCGGCGUGGGCCCCAAGUUCGAGCUGAAGCUGCUCGGCUCCGACAUCAUCUGGUCAGCCAACGAGGACACCAAGGUCAAGCUCGACGAGGGGCCAGAGGCCUCGACCCUCGGUGGCCUGCUAGCCGCGCUGCAGGAGCUCCCCGAGGUGCAGGCCAUGUACGGUAACCCCUCCAGGGGGAACAUACCCGAGGAGGAAUGGGCCAGGAUCGAGGAGAACCUGGACUCCUAA